AUGUGGUUCCUCAUCACGUUGUUGGGAGAGUCCAUCACCAUGGAGUACAGAGACCAGUUUGCUUUGCGUCAACAGAAUAUUCUGCACAGCUCAUUCCACAUGGUGUGGGUGGUCGGUGGGUUAGUGGGUUGGUUUAUAGAAACAAGUCUCUUCUCUCUACCUAGGUUCAUGUUCGUAUUGAUGAUAAUUGGAACAGCUUUCCUCUGUGGUAUCAAUACAAUCUAUGUUCCUUAUGUCACCCAACCAUAUCUUGGAAGGUAAAGAAAAUGUUGAAGUACACUACUACCUAGCUUCAUAAUUAUCUUGUUAGAUCACUCAUGAUAAUCAUAAUCCUCCCAACCCUAACUCCAUUCCUUAGGUUUAAUGAGACUUUUCGUUUCCUGUUCUGGACCAUGUUUGGGGUGGCCAACCAGAACUAUAUGGACAUGCCCGAGUUUGUGGUGGCAGGAUCCUUUACGGCAUCUUCACCCUUGUCAUCGUGAUUGUGCUGCACAACAUGCUCAUUGCCAUGACCAGCAACUCCUUCCAGAAGAUUGAGGUGAGAUCAGAUUAAACUCAGGAAACUUGGCUCUUAGUUUGUCCACCUCAAGGGCAGGACAAUGCCUUUGAAUGGAAGAAACUGCAUCCCACUGUAGCAGAUAAGUGUUUCAAAGCUCAAACUCUUUUUGAUUACACAGUCAAGUUUAGGAGAUAUUAUAGGAUGGGACCUGAUUUACCUGUCCCCCCUCAGGAUGUUGCUGACAUUGAGUGGAAAUUUGCCCAAUCUAAGCUCUCUGAGUUACUUCAGAGAAGGUUUCACCAUGCCUGUCCCCUUCAACAUCCCCUCCCCCAAGGCCUUCUUCUACCUCAUACGGUAGGUUAUAUUGUGUGUGUUGUACAGCCAACUUCCUCUACCAACAAUAGAACAACCUCUAUCUCAAAGGUCAGUUUCAUCUCAUAUUUCAUGUUUUCAUGUUUAUCCCAGGGGUAUUUUCCAUUGGAUCUGCUGCUGUUGUACUUUAAACUCAACAGACUAUCCCUCCCAUAACCACCAUGGUAAGAACUCCACCUCGGCUCAUUUGACAUUGUCUUGUCAUACAGAAUGCAGACCAAUGAGAUUGUCUCUGUUCCCUUUGUUGUCGUCCAAUGGGAAGGAGACGGUGGCGGGUCAGGGGAGAACCAGAUACCUUACCGCCAGCAGGUGAUCCAGGCUUUGGUGCAGCGCUACAUUGAUUCUGCACAUUGCGAGUUUGAGGAGACCAAGAUAAAUAUUAACCUAUCAAGUUUCCUGACCCAGCCUUAGGGCCUUCAAGUCUUCAGUUAAGACAUGUUUCUGUGUUAAGGUCACAGUUAAACAGAGAGGAAGUACUGACUUGGCCCCACACACGCACUCUGUUUAGGACUGUAUGUAUGUAAAUCGCAUUGUGGUGCAUUCAGUGUCCUUGGUUUGGUCUAUUCUUACCUCAGAAGUGGUUAAUUGGAUCACAGCUAAACAAGGUGGUGGGCAGGCUGCACACUGUGAUGAAGACCAUCAUGCAGGUUCUGGCCAGGCUGCAGAAUACAACCCCAACACUGAUGGCUCCUCCAUCCUGGGGAAAUACAUAAUGGGAGCCAAGAACAACUUCAGAGGCUUCAACAACAAGCUGGACCACAAACACACACCUUUACUGUGGAGAUGGAACACGACAGAAAGGUGGAGAUAGGAAAGGAAGGGGGGAUAGUGGUCAAACAGGAGGUGGAGGUGGGGCCAGAUGGAGCAGAGGGGACGAAGCAGGUAGGAGACAUGGAUGUUGUGAAGAUGGAGGGGAGAGCUGAUGGAGGGAAGGGAGAUGGAAGGGUGGAGGAGAUGGUAAAGGAAUCAGAGCAAAAGACGGAAAGGAGAGGAGACAGUGAGGGGAAGGGGGAGAUUUGGAUAAAAAAGGUAAGCACCAAUGAGAUGGUGGAGAAGAAGGUGGAGGGAGAGGGCAAUCCGGUGGAGGCAGAAGCAAGGAUGGAAGAAGGUAAAGACAAAGGGAAAAGGUAG